GAGCUGGUCACCUUCAAGCACAUUCCAACUUAUUCGCUACCAGCAUUUACCAGUCUGAAUGGGUUAUUUUUAGCAGCCGGUUCCAUAAUGUAUGCCUUAGAAGGAAUGGGAACGGUGCUUCCGCUUGAGAACAAAAUGAAGCACCCAAAAGAGAUGACUGGCUAUACUGGAGUGCUGUCUAUAGGUGUCUCGUUGGUCACAAUUAUAUAUGCUGCUUGCGGAUUUUAUGGUUACAUCACUUUCGGCAAUGCUGUGCAAGGAUCCAUCACGCUAAACCUUUCAAAUACUCCGUAA